CCUUCCGUCUCCGUCAUGUGACCACGGGAAGUACCUCAGUAUCAUGGAGGAUAAGGGCCUGCUGCUGAUGGACAAGGAGAAGGCUGACGUCAAGUCCACUGCCUUCUGUUUCCGGCCCUCCAAGGAAAAGCUGGACUUGGGGCCAAAGAAGGAGAUGGAUGGUAUGGGUGUUCCUGAUAUCAAGUAUGGGGACUCUGUGUGUUAUAUCCAACAUGUGGACACCUGUCUGUGGCUCACCUACCAGGCCAUGGACGCUAAGUGUGCACGAAUGGGCGGCGUGCAGAGAAAGGCCAUCAUGCACCACGAGGGUCACAUGGACGAUGGGUUGACCCUGUCCCGCUCACAACACGAGGAGUCCCGUACCGCACGGGUCAUACGCAGUACCGUCUUCCUGUUCAACCGAUUCAUCAGGGGUCUGGACACCCUCAGUAAAAAAGGAAAGACCUCGACACUCGACCUGCCGAUCGAGUCGGUCAGUUUGAGUCUGCAGGAUCUGAUUGGCUACUUCCAGCCUCCUGACGAGCACCUGGAGCACGAGGACAAACAGAACCGCCUCCGAGCCCUAAAGAACCGACAGAACCUCUUCCAGGAAGAGGGGAUGAUAAACCUGGUGUUGGAGUGUAUCGAUCGUCUCCACGUGUACAGCAGCCGGGAGGCCUGGAGAUCCACGCUGAACUCGUUAUAUGAGCUCCUGGCUGCCUUGAUAAGGGGCAACAGGAAGAAUUGUGCCCAGUUCUCCGGCUCAUUGGAUUGGUUGAUCAGCCGGUUGGAGAGACUGGAGGCCUCGUCUGGGAUCUUGGAGGUCCUUCACUGUGUCCUGGUGGAGAGUCCUGAAGCUCUGAACAUCAUCAAGGAGGGACACAUCAAGUCAAUCAUCUCUCUGCUAGACAAACAUGGACGCAACCACAAGGUUCUGGACGUGCUCUGUUCUCUGUGUGUCUGUCAUGGCGUGGCGGUGCGGUCCAACCAACACCUGAUCUGUGACAACCUGCUACCUGGCAGAGACCUGCUUCUACAGACACGACUUGUCAACCAUGUCAGCAGCAUGAGGCCUAACAUCUUCCUGGGUGUGAGUGAAGGCUCCGCCCAGUACAGGAAGUGGUAUUAUGAGCUGAUGGUGGACCAGGUGUUACCCUUCGUUACGGCCGAAGCCACACAUCUCAGAGUGGGCUGGGCCACCACGGACGGCUACCAACCCUACCCCGGGGAGGAGAGGGCUGGGGGAAACGGGCUCGGUGACGACCUGUACUCCUACGGCUUCGACGGCUUGCACCUGUGGUCAGGCUGCAUCGCCAGGACAGUGAGCUCACCCAAUCAACAUCUCCUCCGUGUGGAUGACGUGGUCAGCUGUUGUCUGGACCUCAGCGCUCCCAGUAUAUCCUUCCGUAUCAACGGUCAGCCCGUCCAGGGGAUGUUCGAGAACUUCAACUCUGACGGACUGUUCUUCCCUGUAGCCAGCUUCUCCGCUGGGGUCAAAGUGCGUUUCCUGCUGGGUGGUCGCCAAGGAGAGUUUAAGUUCCUGCCCCCGCCGGGCUACGCUCCGUGUUUCGAGGCUGUGCUACCCAGGGAGAAGCUGAGAGUGGAACACAGCCAGGAGUACAAGGAGGACCACAGUGAGACCAGGGAUCUACUGGGUCCCACCAUCACCCUGUCCCAGGCUGCCUUCACCCCUACACCUGUUGACACCAGCCAGGUUGUUCUGCCUCCUCACCUGGAGAGGAUCAGGGAGAAGUUGGCCGAGAACAUCCAUGAGCUGUGGGUGAUGAACAAGAUUGACCUGGGCUGGACCUACGGAGCUGUACGGGACGAUAACAAACGGCAGCAUCCUUGUCUGGUGGAGUUCUCCAAGCUGCCUGAGCAGGAGAGGAGCUACAACCUACAGAUGUCUCUGGAGACUCUCAAGACUCUCUUGGCCCUGGGUUGCCACGUGGGGCUGGCUGAUGAGCACGCUGUGGAGAAGGUGAAGAACCUCAAGCUCUCCGCCACUUAUGAGCUGUCUAGUGGCUACAAGCCUGCUCCUAUGGACCUGGGGCACAUCAAGCUGGCCUCUACCCAGGAGGCCAUGGUGGACAAGCUGGCGGAGAACGCUCACAAUGUGUGGGCCAGGGAUCGCAUACGCCAGGGCUGGACCUACGGCAUCCAGCAGGUGUGUCACCCAAAGGAUGUGAAGAAUCGUAGGAACCCCCGCUUGGUUCCGUACACUCUGCUGGACGAGAGGACCAAGAAGUCCAACAAGGACAGUCUGAGGGAGGCUGUCCGCACCCUGCUGGGGUACGGAUACAACCUGGAGGCUCCGGAUCAGGACCAUGCAGCCAGGACAGACACCAGUAACAUGUCUGCUGAGCGGUUCCGUAUCUUCCGAGCUGAGAAGACGUACAGUGUGAACGCUGGGAAGUGGUACUUUGAGUUUGAGGUGCUGACGUCAGGGGAGAUGAGGGUCGGCUGGGCACGGCCUGGCUGUCUACCGGACCAGGAGCUGGGCUCUGACCAACACGCCUUCGUCUUCGACGGGUUCAAGGCCCAGCUGUGGCACCAGGGUAACGAGCACUUCGGCAGGUCCUGGGGUCCAGGUGACGUGGUGGGCUGUAUGGUGGAUCUGAACGAACACACCAUGAUGUUCACGCACAACGGAGAGGUGCUCCUGGACCACUCAGGGUCGGAACUGGCCUUCAAGGACUUUGAGGUUUGGGAAGGUUUCAUCCCGGUGUGCAGCCUGGGUGUUUGCCAGGUUGGGAGGAUGAACUUUGGUAAGGACGUGAGCACGCUGAAGUACUUCACCAUCUGUGGUCUUCAGGAAGGCUACGAGCCCUUCGGCGUCAACAUGAACAGAGACCUCACCAUGUGGCUCAGCAAGACUGUCUCAGUUCAUCCCCGUACCUCCGCAGCAUGA